CGCCCCUCCCCAUUAUUUUCGGAGCUAGAAACAUCGUCCACCAGCGCUAUCACAAAGUCACACUCGCAUACAGACCCUCGCGAUCCAACACUCUCACCACACUCAAUCCAUUGCCAUCGGCUUCAGAACCUUCUUGUCUGGAGUUUUUUGGCGCUCUUGACAUCCGAUUCCUCCGCCACACCUACACAUCAGUUCGCCAUGGCACCUCCGAGAAUAAAAAAGCUCACCGCGCAGCCGAUCCGCACACGUCAUUUUGCAGGCAAACCCGCAGCCGCCGAAGUCGAAGAUCCAUCAAGCAGCUCCGAAUCCGAGUCAGAACAGGAAGAGGUCAAGUCGAAGCCCUUCCUCAAGCCCAAGGCCGCGCCUCUUGCCUCCUCAUUCCCCAAAGCAGCCCUGAAAGCGAAACUUGCGGCGCGGAAAAAGCCGGAGGUACAAAUAAAUCAAGACGAGUUUGAGACGGAAAGCGAAGGGGAGGAGGACGAAUCAGACAACGAGGGUAGUGGGAGCGAUAGCGGUAGUGGAAGCGACGAAUCAUCGUCCGAAGAAGAAGAUAGCAGCGAAGACGAAGCACCAAAACUAUUACGGCCCGUAUUCCUCAAGAAAUCCCAACGCGACCAAGUAGCAGCUCCUGCAAAAACCGCCGAGGAAUUACACGCCGAGGAGGAGAAACGGAAACAAGAACAAGCCCGCGCGCUUGUCCAAGCACAAAUCGAACAGCGCGCCGCCGCAAAAGCAGCCGGCACAAAAGACUGGGACGAUGACGUUGAAGAAGCAGACAUCAACGCCAUAGACGACACAGACCGCACAGAUCCAGAUGCCGAAUACGCAGCCUGGAAACUCCGCGAGCUAAAACGCAUCCGUCGCGAGCGCCUCGCCAUCGAAGAAGCAGAAGCCGAGCGUGCAGAAAUCGAGCGCCGGCGCAACCUCACAGACGCUGAGCGGGAAGCCGAGGACCGCGAGUACAUUGAGAAGCAAAAGGAAGCCCGCGAAGGCGACCGCGGCGAUAUGCAGUACAUGCAGAAGUACUUUCACAAGGGCGCCUUUUUCCAGGAGGAACUCAAGGAACUCGGCAUUGAUAAGCGCAAUGCCAUGGGCGCCCGUUUCCAGGACGAAACAAAUCGCGAACUUUUACCGGAGUAUAUGCAGAUUCGCGAUAUGACGAAGCUUGGUAAAAAGGGCCGCACGAAAUACCGCGAUAUGAAGAGCGAGGAUACGGGGACGUGGGGCGAUUACGCCGAUGUGCGGCGGCCGAAAGGCGAUUAUGGUCUGGAUGAGCGGUUUCGCUCGGAUGGCAACGGCGGCGGCGGUUACCGUGGACGCGACGGGGAGGGCGCGACGGGCGCGAAUGCAAAACCGCUGGGAAUGGAACGGAAACGGGGUGGUGAGGCGAGUGGUAGUGGAGAUAGGGAUUCAAAGAAGCCUAGGACUGAUUGA